AUGUGGGAAGGACGGCCUGUGGCGGAAUUGCCGACUCCGGCCUUUACGGUGGAUCUCGACGUAGCCUCGAGGAAUGCGCAGCGCAUGCAGGAGCGUUGCCAAGCGCUGGGGGUGGCCCUCAGGCCCCACAUGAAGACCCACAAGACGCUGGAAGGCGGGCACCUCAUGACGGGGGGCUCCCUGCGGAGAAUUGUGGUCUCCACGCUGGCCGAGGCCCGCUAUUUUGCCGACGGCGGCUUCGACGACAUCCUCUAUGCUUACCCGCUGCCCUUCGACAAGGUGGACGAUUGUGCCGCCCUGGCCGAGAAGCUGGACGCCUUCCAGGUGUUGGUGGACAGUCCACAAGCCCUGGACCGGCUGAAAAGGAGGCCUCUGCGGACGGGCCGGCCCUGGAAAGUGUGGUUGAAGAUUGACUGCGACAACGCACGAGCCGGUGUGAAAGCCUCGGAUCCCGCCGCUCUGCGUCUCGCCAAGGCUGUCUCCGAAGGCACGACGGAGCUGGUGGGCAUCUACGCCCAUUGUGGCAACUCGUACGGCUGCCAGGGGGUGUCGGAAACCCAGUCGGUCGCCCAGAGGACCACGGAGAUGACCCUGAACUUUAUGGAGCAGCUCCGGGAAGCCGGGGUGCCCUGCCUGAAGUCCAGCAUCGGCUCCACGCCCUCCUGCAGCCACCCGGUGCCCAUCAUGGCCAAACUCAGCGAAGUUCACCCGGGAAAUUAUAUUUUUUAUGAUGUCCAGCAGAUGCUGAUUGGCUCCUGCCAGCUGGAGGACGUGGCCGUCCGGGUCUGGACGCGAGUGAUCGGUCACUACCCUCAUCGGAACCAGCUGUUGGUGGACUGCGGCUGGACCGGCUUAAGUCUGCAUAGCCUGGGCCAGCUCCCGACAGGCUUUGCCCUGGUGGACGGACACCCGGACCUCAAAUUGGUGGGGAUGACCCAGGAGCACGGAAAAAUCGAACCCAUGACCGGGAAGCUGGAUUUUGCCAAGUUCCCUCUGGGCAGCCUCCUUGCUCUGAUUCCUUAUCACGCGUGUGCCACGGCCGCAAUGCACCCCAUCUUCUUCGUCCAUAGUGGGGGCCGAGUUGUGGAGACAUGGAAGCCGGUGCGAGGCUGGUAAAAAGACAAGA